CAACUUUCCGAACCCUUCCCACUCCCAUCUUUGCGCCGCGCAAUCGCUCUUCGCAGGUCCAGACGUGCAAUCUGCACCAGUCCGUCCACUCCCCUCGCUGCUCAAUUCCACAGCUGCAGUGCCAUUUCUGCAAUCUCCACGCCGUACCAAACGCAAUUGAUCGCGGGUGAAUCGGACAAUUCCCCGAGCCUCCUUAUCAACGCCCUUCCAACUUGCGCGACCAGACCUCAACGGCCUAUCGUCACUCUCCCGCAUCGCUUGAACACGUCGCAGGCGGCGCAUUCGCAUCACCAUCACCCACCCAUCCAUCAAUCAUGGCAACAACAACACCCACCGCCCUCUCCACCUCCCUCCCAACACCCCCCAACUUCGCCUUCGCCCACGCGCCAGCACUCGAACUCCGCCAACCCGCCGCAGCGCACGACGACCCCGCCACCCUCACAAACACCGUCUUCUCCCACACCGGCAUCGCCAGCUUCAGCAAUCCCCUCACCUACACCUCCGCCGGCACGCCCACGCUGACGACCAGCACGAGCGUCGCCAUCAGCUCCGCGACAACGCUCAGCUCCUCCCUCACAGACGUCACAACCGUGUCGCAUUCCUCCGAGCAGCAUAGCAGCAGUUCUGCGUCGUCAGCGGGCACCGCGAGCGCGACGGCCGCGUCGACAUCGGCGACUACGACGGCGGGCUCGAGCAAUGCCGCGCUAGCGCCGAGUAUUGGUGCGGGCAAGGCGGUGGCGCUCGUGUGUGCUCUGGCGGGACUGGUUGCGUGUGGAUUUUAGAUUCCCCCCUUGUUUGCUUACUUGAUGUUUGACUCGGGCCAUAGACUUGAAAGGCGUACUAGCGAUGCUUCGAGCAGAUGAUUGUGGAAAGAGACAUGCUCCAGGACGGGCAAUGUUAG